AUGAACAGCACGCACCAGCCAUCGCAUCCGGGCUUGUUCCGCGUUUGUUUCGUUCCCGGCGAGUAUCGUUCGUACCUGCAAUCAGAAAAGAAUCUCAAACCAGGGGAUGUGGUCACGUACCUGCGCGGACUCACCAAAGGCGCAAAGGCUUAUUCGUCCGUGCAAUGCGGACCAGGGCCGGAAGACCACGUCGAGCUCAAUUCCGACCUGCUUUACAUGAACCACUCUUGCGAUCCAAGUGUCGUCGUAGAUCUUUCUUCAAAAGAUCCUUCCUUGUGGCAGAUACGCGCAAUAAAGCACAUCAACGCGGGCGAUCCCCUAACGUUUUUCUACCCUAGCACGGAGUGGGUCAUGGCUCAACCAUUCGAAUGCAACUGUGGAUCACCGAAUUGCCUAGGUCGUGUCGAGGGUGCAUUCAGCUUGUCCAAAGCUCAGCUCAAAGACCGAGGAUUCAUCAACCCUUGGAUUUGGGAUCUAAAACUUAGCAACGCAUGA